AUGGGUCUUACAAAGGCAUCUUUUAUUUUCGGUGAAAUGCUGAAAGAUGAUCCAAGAGGAAUUGUGAUAAAUUCAUGUUGUCCUGGUUUUGUUGACACUGAUAUGACUGACCAUAAAGGAGUAAAAACAACGGAUGAAGGUGCUGAUACACCAUUCUAUUUGGCCACAUUACCUUUAGGAUCAAAGAAACCAACCAAUCAGUUUGUAUAUGAAAGGAGAGUGGUUAAAUGGUCCAAAUGAUCUUCACAUAAAUCUUAUUCUACCGAGGUGUAUGAACAGAAUGUUAUUGCUGAACUUUCUUAUCAACGUACAUGAUGCUACCUACUUGUUUUGGUAGAUUUCUUUAGCUAUGAAUCAUACUGUUUCUUAAUCUAAUCUGUCCACGAAUAGAAGCGAUUUCUACCUGUUACUGCAGCAACCUACGUAUCAUAUGUACAUGAAUGUAAAUUGUCUGUUACUCAUGCUCAGUAGUAUACUUAGUUAUGAUGGUCA